AUGGCGGAGGGUCUUGGAGCUCUGUUGGAGGCAAGCUUGGAUCCCAGAAGGAACAAGGAAGCCGAGACUGCUCUUCGUCAAGAAGAACAGAAACCGGGCUUUUCGCUGCAGCUCCUUCACAUCACGGCUUCGGAGUCUACCCCUUACAACACCCGCCUCGCUAGCGCCCUUUGCUUCAAGAACUUUAUUAAGCGGAACUGGACAGACGAGGAUGGAAACUACAAGCUGCAACUGGAUGAGGUUACCACCAUCAAGCGUGAGCUGAUCAGCCUUAUGCUCUCAGUUCCCGCAGGCAUUCAAGCCCAGCUGGGUGAGGCUGUCAGCGCAAUUGCAGACAGUGAUUUCUGGGAGCGCUGGGACACGUUGGUGGAUGACCUCGUUUCGAAGCUUUCGCCAUCCAACCCUGCUAUCAACAUUGGUGUGCUCCAGGUGGCACAUUCAAUCUUCAAGCGAUGGAGACCUUUGUUCCAGUCCAAUGAGUUGUACACAGAGAUCAACCAUGUCCUGGGCAAGUUCGGGACCCCCUUCUUGGCCUUGUUUGAGGGACUGGAUAGCUACAUCGAACAAAAUAAGACAAACAAGGAGAACCUUACGCAAGGAUACACUCAGCUCAAUCUGAUGAUCAAGCUGUUCUAUGAUCUCUCCUGCCAUGAUCUUCCUCCCAUGUUUGAGGAGAAUAUCUCUGGAAUUGCAUCGAUUCUUCUCAAGUAUUUGACCUUCGAUAGCCCAUUACUGCACACAGAUGAUGAGACAGAGGCUGGUCCGCUGGAAUAUGUUCGCGCUGGCAUUUUCGAGGCCUUGACACUGUACACGCAGAAGUACAUGGAUGCAUUCCAGCCUCAUGUUGGGCAGUUCAUCGAGAGCUCAUGGAACUUCUUGACGACCAUCGGCCAAGAAACCAAAUACGAUAUCCUGGUCAGCCGAGCGCUGCAGUUCCUGAGUUCUGUUGCAAGCAUGCCAGAGCACGCCGUUGCCUUCCAGGCCGAGGGAACUUUGGGCCAAAUUAUUGAGAAGGUCAUCCUGCCUAAUGUCAGCUUGCGCGAGUCGGAUGAGGAAUUGUUCGAGGACGAGCCUAUUGAAUUUAUCCGCCGAGACCUCGAAGGAUCCGAUAGCGAGACCCGACGACGCGCUGCGACGGAUUUCCUGCGAAAACUGGCGGAGAAGUUUGAGCAAUCGGUCACCAAGGUUGUCCUUCAGUACACUGACCACUAUUUGGCCGAAUAUGCCAAGGACCCCGCGUCCAACUGGAAAGCGAAGGACACAGCGACUUACCUCUUCUCCGCGAUCGCGGCCAAGGGCGUUGCGACCUCCACGCACGGUGUCACUGCCACGAACCCGCUGGUCAGCAUCACCGACUUCUUCCAGCAGAACCUUGCUGCAGACCUGAUCUCAGACGACGGAGUCCACCCGAUCCCCAAGAUCGACGCUAUUAAGUAUCUGUACACUUUCCGAAGCAUUAUCACGAAGGAACAGUGGCAGCAGGUGCUUCCGGUUUUGGUGAAGCACUUGGCUUCCUCGAACUACGUCGUUUACACGUAUGCCGCAAUCGCCGUGGAACGGGCCCUCUUCCUCAGUGAUAGCCAAGGACAGCCGGUUAUCCCACCUGCCGAGAUCACUCCCCUGGCUAAGGACCUCCUGGAACACAUAUUCCAGUUGAUCCAAAAGGAUCCGGCCCCUCAAAAGAUACAAGAAAACGAAUUCUUGAUGCGAUGUGUGAUGAGAGUCUUGGUUGUCAUCCGGGAGGGUGUGGUGCCAUUCACAGACACUGUGCUGGAACGGUUGAUCUCGAUCACACAGAUCAUCAGCACAAACCCAAGUAACCCCCGGUUUUACUACUUCCACUUCGAAGCCAUGGGUGCUUUCAUUCGAUUUGCCGCACCGGCGAACCCCGACAAGCUCGAGCAGGCUUUCUACGCACCCUUUGCGGGCGUCCUCCAGGGCGAUGUGCAAGAAUUCAUGCCGUACAUUUUCCAGCUCUUUGCGGCGCUUCUUGAGGCCAACCCCUCCGCAACGCUGCCGACUUACUACCAGGAGCUUACCGCACCCAUCUUGAUGCCGGUCAUGUGGGAGUCGAAGGGAAACAUCCCCGCGCUUGUUCGGCUGCUCUCUUCGAUCAUUCCGCGUGGCUCGCAGUACAUCUUGGAGCACAACCAGGUUGAGCCCAUCCUCGGUAUUUUCCAGAAACUGGUCUCUACCAAGGCCAAUGAAAGCUAUGGCUUUGAUCUCCUGGAGACUGUCGUUGCCAACUUCCCAUCCACCGGCCUGGAACAAUACUUUGUUUCAAUCAUGCAAAUUCUGCUCAGACGUCUGCAGGACUCCAAGACCGAAAACUUUGCUCUUCGCUUUGCCCGUUUCUUCCACUUUAUUUGUGCGCAUGAUGACAAGGGCUAUAGCGCCGACUUUGUGGUCCAGGUUACGGAGAAAGUGCAAGCUGAUGUUUUCGCCCCUGUCUACACCGGCAUCAUCCUUCCCGAAACCCAGAAGCAGGCGCGGCCCUUGGAUCGCAAGACGGCUAUCAUCUCUCUCACCAAGACCCUCGCCAACUCGGAAGCCUUCGCCACCCGCUACAGCCAGAAGGGAUGGGGUUAUACAUGCAAUGCCUUGCUCAGUCUCCUCGAACUUCCCACGCUGCCUUCCGGCAAGGAUGACAUUAUUGCCGAGGUGGACAUCGAGGAGAUGUCGUUCGGCGUUGGCUUCACUCCCUUGAACACCAUUCGCAGCCAACCCAAGGACCCGUGGCCGGAGACUGGAGCUGAUCUCAAGGUCUGGGUGGGUUCUUACUUGAAGGAAGCUGACAAGAAGCACAAUGGCCGGGUGUCGCAAUUUGCGCAGAGCCGUCUCCCUGACGACUCGAAGGCGGUGCUGGCCAGCUACAUGGCUUAG